CUGAUUAAAAACUGCAUCACUUAUAGUCUCCACCCGACCAGAUGAGCGGUCAAUGAUAACAGCGGUUACCACAGACUUCUGCACAGAGAUGGUUCACAUCAGAUCUUAUGUCAAGAUUGCGUCCAAUGUGCUGACUCGUGAGUUUCCAUGGUCAGACCACAUCCUUUGACUUCAGGACAUAAAGACGAGUGUGAGCACUGAGGGGGACUUCAGUGCAUCUCACCAUCACAUCAAAGAGAGAGAAAAGAAGACAUGUCCUGCCUGGGGGCUUUCACCGGUCUCCUCUCCUGCAUGGUCCUCCUCAUUGUCCACUCAAGUGAUGGCUCUGAGAUUAUCAAUGGGAAAGAAGUGACGCCCCACUCGCUGCCGUACAUGGCUCUGCUUCUGAGAACCAGACCAGCCUGUGGAGGGAUACUGAUCCAUAAAUCAUGGGUCCUGACUGCUUUCCACUGUGGACAAAUUAAGACCGUGUUGCUGGGGGUGCACUCCAUCAAGGCAAAUGAAGAUAAUUCCAGGCAGGUCAUAAACGUUAAGAAGCGUUUUCCUCAUCCCCAGUAUGUUUCAGCUACCAAGGUCAAUGACCUCAUGUUGCUCAAGCUUGAAAAACCUGUGAAGGAAACCAAGACGGUGAAGUGUCUUAAAUUGGAUGAUGCCAUCAAAGAUCCGGCAGCAGGGACCAGCUGCAUGGUGGCAGGAUGGGGCCAAACAAACAAGGAUGUUAAGAAAAUGUCCGACGUCUUGAUGUCCGGCGAAGUGACUGUGGUCGACAGAGAGAAGUGCAACUCUGAUUACAACAAACAUCCCGUCAUCACCAGCAGCAUGAUAUGUGCCGGUUCAGACAAGAAAAAUGUAGCUGACGUCUUUUAUGGGGAUUCAGGAGGCCCACUGAUGUGCAGCGGAGGGCUGGUUGGAGUCACUUCUUUCGGAUCUAUGUUUGGCCGGAUUAAAAAACCAGGAGUGUUUUCGUAUCUCACAGUGAAACAACUCAGCUGGAUCAAAGAGACAAUGAAGAAGUCUGACAUUUAAUGAGCACCCGCUGUGAAGGAUUUUGUAUUUGCGACCAUGUUAACCAAUUCUAUGUGAGGUGAUACGAGGGAGAUUUCUGCUUCUGCUGCAAUAAAACAGGCCAAGGUGAUUUUAUUUUGAAAUCUAAACUGGAGAGACACGUGUUUAUCAUGAAAGCAAAUCGCCAAAGGGACAUUAUUGAGUCCUUCAACCAGACUGAUGCCAACCAGACAGACUCACCACUUCCUGCAUCAAGAGCCUAAAUUGAAACUGAGGCUUCAGCUCAAGUCUUGUGGAAAAAUGUUUGUAAUAAAGAUAAAUUCUGGGCCAUGAAGUAUUCGAUGAGUCUCAGCUCUGAUGCCUGGUAAACAAAACACUGUAGUGACGACAGAGAUGGAGUCUUCAUUGGAUGCAGGGGAAUUACCUCAUGAAGCCAAAUCAAGCUGAGCUGAAGUCGUUCUGUGGGAAG